AGAACUUCCUGUAGUCGAAGGAGAACGAAUUAGUUCGUUAUAACAAAGUGGAAGAUUAAACUUCAUGAAGGUAACAGAUUGUUUUAUACACCUGUGAGAGAACUACUUGACCAACUAGGACCAUGCCACCCAACAAUCCAUUGCCUAUCUGGGGCAAUGAAAAGACCAUGAACAUGAACCCACUGAUAUUAACAAAUAUACAGUCUUCUCCUUACUUCAAGGUCAACUUGUAUGAACUGAAGACAUACCAUGAAGUUAUUGAUGAAAUUUACUAUAGAGUGGAGCAUUUAGAGCCUUGGGAAAGAGGCAGCAGGAAGACAGCAGGGCAGACUGGCAUGUGUGGAGGGGUACGAGGUGUAGGAGCUGGAGGGAUAGUAUCCAGUGCUUAUUGUCUGCUGUACAAGCUGUUUACAUUGAGAUUGACACGUAAACAGGUGACAGGACUUAUCACACACCAGGAUUCUCCUUUCAUACGUGGCCUGGGAUUUAUGUACAUCAGAUACACACAGGACCCUAAAGAGCUUUGGGACUGGUAUGAACCAUACUUGGAAGAUGAGGAGGAAAUAGAUGUAAAGGCAGGUGGAGGUCAUGUGAUGCCAAUCGGUGAAAUGAUUCGUCAGUGGAUGACUAAGCUGGAAUGGUACUCCACCUUGUUUCCGCGUAUCCCUGUACCAGUACAAAAAGAUCUUAUGCAGAAGCUGAAGAAUCAUCAGUGGUCCUGUCCAGCAAAAGAGGAGGAAGAGCUAGUCACCACUCAGCCACAGCAUAUACCUGAUGAGGAAUUGAGCUUUGGGGAGGCAGAGAGAAUGUCGCACAGACGAAGGUCUCCCGAUAGAGGAACAUCAUCUCCACAAUCACGCAGAUCUCCACGACGAUCACCUGUUCGACGAUCACCCGUCCGACGAUCACCUCAUCGACGAUCACCGGACCGACGUCGAUCACCUCACUAUAGGUCAUCUCCUGAUCAUCGUAGACAUUCACCAGAUCAUCAUCGAUCUAGGGGAAGGCGACCUUCACCUUCAAGAAGAUCUGCACAAUCAAGUGGGGGUGACUUUGCACGGGACCUGCAAAGAGAGCGUGAGAGACAGAAAAGGGCCAAGGACAGAGAUACACGGCCAAGGAGUCGUGAUCGCAAACGUUCACACAGUCGAGAACGGCACCUUAAAAAAAGUUCUAAACACUCACAUCGUGAUAGAAGAUCAAGAUCACGGAGUAAGGAACGACAUCGAGACAGACAUGGACGAGAAAGACACCGAAAUGGAGAUCUUUGAUUAUUUAUUUCAGACUAAUUUCAUAUGUUCAUUAAGACAUUUUCCAUUGCAGUCAAAUGAUCAUUUUCGAACCAUGUAAAAAUGUCAUGAUGAUUCUUACCAUAAAGACAGCUGUUGAUUGUGAACUAGCUUGUUAAUGUUACAUGUACAUAGACUUCCAAUUCCCUUGUAAGUUUUUGCCAUUGUACUACUUCAUAUAGUUGUUUUCUGUUGUCCACAGAAUGUUCCUACUGACUUACUCCUAUGACCAGAACUGGUACUACCAAUGUAGAGUACAGAUUACAACUUCAUUUCUUGGUCUGUGCUUGUGUCACUGUCCAGGCAUACAAUUGAUCAGGCACCUUUGAUCAUGGUACAUCUCAGGACAUUUUUAUGAUCUGUUAUGAUGAUGUUUCUUAUAAUGACCAUGUUUUGGAACAUAAGACAGCUGUUAACAGUCACAAACUUCAGUUAGGUUUGCCUUUCAGUAGUUAUGGCCUGUUAUUCAUUUUUCAAUGAUGAACACUUGUGAUAAGACUAACUCUAUAUUACUAACUUUUACUUGUAACAGGUAAAAUUUGUGGUCAGUGUAUCUUGAAAUAGAGAGUUUAAUUGUUUAACGUGGUCAAGCUGAAGUCAUGCCUAUCCACCAGAUAGACAGUAAAAGUACUGAAAUCAGUUGGCGCAAGUCUCAUGUAUCAGAUAUGAGCAGUUACAGUGUUUUAUAGCUUAUUAAAAAUAACUUUCUUACAGGUAAGUAAUUCUAAAUAAGUUUGCUUUCUUACAGGUAAGUAACCUAAAAUUACUUCGCUUUCUUUAAUGGUUUUUAGUUGAAAUGAAGUACAAUGGCAAAAACUCAGACGGGGAAAAGUUAUAGAUACUGUCACAUGACCAUAAUCAGGUAAUCAUUAUUUUGUGAUAUGAUGUCAGUAGUACCACAUACCUAGUAAUAUGAAAAUGACUAAUAUUUUUACAGAAAAAAAUAAAAUGUUUGAGGACUAAAAAAUCUUCUGACAUAUGGAGGCAUGAAUGUUGCCUCAUUACACCUGAAGUGUGUAACAUAUUUAACGUAGCAAGGAUUAUGUGAUGUUGAUAUGUCAUAUCAGCCAAUCAGUAGUAUAAUGUAUGCCUUAUAUUGUAAUGCAGAUGUUGUGUCUAAGGGACUAAAAAGUUCAAUAAAUUUACUGGUGUUGGUGCAUUUGUAGUUACAUGCAGACAUAACAACACUGCAUUCAAAAGCAAAUAUUUUAAAUUGUCAAUAUAGUAUGUAAAAUUUUGAGAUGUUUUUCUCUGUUUAUGUAGGUAAGUGACUUUGGCAAUAUAUGAAAAUUGUAGUUUACUAAACAGAGACAUGUAUUAGAUCUGUGGGUGAAAAGAGUACAACAGUAGAAAUACCUUUACAAUUUAUCAGGUGAAAAUAGAGCAUUGGUACCAGAAAGUAUCAUGAACAUAUUUACAACAUGAUCUGCUUUUUUUAUUUGCCUUGUUUAUUUUUAGUAAGAGGGAUUACAUUUAAGGUAAAGUUUUAUACAUUAUUGUAAUGAUAGUUAUUUCAAGAGAAUUGCUCUGAUUUACACAAAGUGUAAUGUAAAUUUUUGUCAAAACAUUACUUCACAGAGUAAAUAGAAGGUUUCCAGCAUUAUACAAAUAGACCUUAGUGGAUAUAAUAUUUAUAGAGUAAGGAGAAAGGUUUCUGGAAAAGAAUUCUCUGCUUUUGAAUAUUUAUCAUUUCAUCAACCAAGUGUAUGAAAGUUGAGGAUGUUCAUCUACGAGGGCAUGCUUGUGUGAUAGUUUGUUUUUAUAAGGGUGUGUUUGUGUAUAGAUGUGCUUGUAGGAGAGUGUGCUUGUGUGAUGAUGUUUACUAUUUAGUGUCAUGUGUGUCUGGAAGUUAAACUUUUAGGAUUAUGCUCGGUUGAUGGAACCAAAUACUUAAGUGAAUCACUGACUUAAUUUAAGUUAAUUUGCAUAUGUGUUUUGAUUUUAAGUUGUGCUGUAUAAGUAAACUGGGAACUUUUUAAACUUGCCAUCUUUAGAUUGUUAGCUUUUUAACUCGUCCAACAUUUGUGGUCAGUCGUCUGCAUGAAAAACAAUGUUAUCCCUACUAAGACUAAGUACUAGAUGGAGCUUCCUCAAAUUUCAUGUGUCGUUGCCCCUUGGUCCCUAGAAAUAUACUUUUGAUUUGGGACUGAUCUGGAAACAAAAUAUUUGACAGGUGGCCAUCUUGGAUUCUGACUGUGAAAGUUUGUGAUCACUGUUUCUUGAGAAGUACUGAAAGGAUCUUUCUCAAAUUUCAUAUGUAGGGUCUCUUGGUCCCUUGCUGUGGCUUUCUGACUAUGGGACUGAUCAGGAAAAUAAAAAGGCCAACACUUGACCUUCUUGGAUUUUGCCCUGAGAGAUUUGAUUAUCACUUUUCAAAUUUCGUGUCAGUAAGAGCAAAAACAGAAGAAAGAAGGGAACAAGAUAAAACUUUUAAAGAGCAAAUAAAAAUGGGUGCCAAAACCUCUCUUGGAUCUCCUGUUUAAGCUUGUUGUAGAAAUUCCAUUUGAGCUGGUUUGUUUUGUGAAUGUCCUGUGGUUUCCGUAUAGCACAUAUGAUAUUGUAAUAACAAAAUGUUUAUAGCUUCGAUAUGUUGCGCAUAACAAUACACAAACUUUCAUUCAAUUAUUUUCAAUAUAAUACACUUGUUGUUAGUAAUGUUUAAGUAACUUAAAAGUCAACUACAAUACAACAAAGUAUAGGAACAAGAUGCCAAUGUGAAGUGUAUUUGAAAUAUUAAUAAAAAAUUGGAAAAAAAAACCAAACGGAUUAUGAUAGAAGUCUUUCUUGCUUGCUAUAGGGAAUGUUUAAAAUCAUGCAUGGCAAUGCAAUCAGGAGGCAAUAUCUUUAACAACUGGUGUGAGCAUGUAUAAUUAAUGUAUUGAAAUAACAGAAAUAUUGAACUAAAGGCUAACACCAAAAUACAUACUAUGUCAUUAUGAAGUGUAUAACUUGUGACUACCUCACUAGAUAUCAUGCGAGGUUUGUCUCAUGCUAUUUCAGAUCUCAACUUCCUGAGAAAGCAAACCAACCCAGGUAGGGGUAAAAUCAUGCACCUUGGAUGUUUCCUCAAGAUUGCAUUUGUCUGACAUUCUAGCAGCUCUCACAGCCUCCAUAAAUUGUGAUUAAUUUUACACUAUAUGUAUAUAUGGGUAUCAUUACCUGGGACCAGCUGUAGUGAUGACCUAAAAUUGAAGUCAUGGUUACAUACGACUAAAGACUGACUGUAUUGAUGACCUUGGAUGGCAGUCAUAAUUACCUGUGAUGACCCUAGACUGAAUGUAGUGAUGACCUGAAAUGGAAGUCAUGGUUACAUUUGAUGACCCUAGACUGACUGUUGUGAUGACCUGAAAUGGAAGUCAUGGUUACAUAUGAUGACCCUAGACUGACUGUUGUGAUGACCUGAAAUGGAAGUCAUGGUUACAUAUGAUGACCCUAGACUGUUGUGAUGAACUUGGAUGAAAGUCAUGAGUACAUAUGAUGACCCUAGACUGACUGCAGUGAUGAACUUAGAUGGAAGUCAUGGUUACAUAUGAUGACCCUAGACUGACUAGUGAUGAUCUUGGAUGGUAGGCAGUCCUGGUUACAUAUGAUGACCCUAGACUGACUGUUGUGAUGACCUUGGAUGGAAAUCAUGGUUACAUGUGAUGACUCUACAUUGGCUGUAGCAAUGCCUAGAGUUUCCAGUCCUGUUACAUCUAAGAUCAGUUGUUGAUAUGACCUCAGAUUAAGAUAAGGUUACCUAAAUACCAGUAUCAGUGUGAUGACUUAAAGAGAGUGGAUCUAUUUGUCACUUUCUUGUUAAUUUUACUUCAUUAUUAUUUUAGUUGUUGAGUGUGAGAAAGAAUGAAAAAUGUUCUUUUACUCCAGAUUGAUGCAGUAGUCACUGUCAACAUCUUCUCAUUAGCAGAAAAUUUAUAUUGUAUACAAGUAAGAGUGAUGAUGAUGUAUUGAAUUACCAUAAUGUCGAAAUAUACAUUGUUCAUUGUGUUGUUCACAAUUAAACAUCAUCUUGUUUUA